UUUACAGUCUACAAAAGAUGCUCAACUUUUCAAGGAAACAUUCGUCAUUAAUAACAAAUCAGCUGAUAUAUACCUAAAGAGAGCACUGGAUUACGAAGAAUUGACAUUCUUUCAGUUUAAAAUACAUGCAGUGGACGGCGGUAAUCUGUCUUCGUCCGAAGUUUUAACUAUCCGAAUACUGGACAUUCAGGAUACUCCGCCUGAAUUUCAAGGCACCCCUUACGUUGUGACGAUAUUGGAAAAUAUGCCAUUGAACUCGCAUUUCUUCACAGUACGGGCUAUAGAUGGAGAUAGAGGCAUACCGAAUGAAGUGUCGUUCCGAUUUAUUUCAGGACCAUGUUUAUCUUCUAUUGCAAUAAAUGAACAUACAGGCGAGGUAACUGUUACAGGCCCGGUAGACAGAGAUUCCGGGGAUAUUAUGGAACAUGGAGGUGUCUGUGAAAUUGCUAUAUUGGUUUCGGAAAUAGAAGAACACACACCACAGUUUGGUGGAACCGCUGCUACUACAACACUUAGCAUCUUUGUAACAGAUGAAAACGAUAACCAACCUUACUUUAAUGAGGAACACUAUAGUGCUUAUAUAGCUGAUACUGCACAACUCAACUAUCCAGUGCAGUUUGAAAAUGAUACAGAAAUAUACAUAGAAGACAAGGAUCAGGGCUCUAGUGGUAUACUGGAACUUGUUUUAAGGAGUCAAGACGGUGAUAUAACUUACGACUUUGAACCGAUACCUAGCGUUAUUGCCUCACGUGGAAGGCCUUUAAUAGCUUUAAAAUCACCAGGUCUACUUAAUAAACGAAAAGAAAUAAUCUUAAAACUGUAUGCAAUAGAGCGUGAUACACCGCAAAAGAACACCGCCGUUGCAACGAUAAGCAUACGGGUGCUCCCUGUUGCCACGACAACUGCUUCGGCAACAACUGUGAGAAUAACGACACCAAAGUAUUUAGAUCCAUUCAUACCCAGUGUUCUGGGUGCAGUUAUAGCAGUGAUAUUAUUGAUAUGGGCCGGAUCAAUUACCUGCUAUAUAGUACUGAAAUACAAUGGGCUGCCAAGGAAAAAUAAAGUUGGGCAUCACGAUAACCCUGUCGGGAAAACAAAUGUGCAUAUACAGAAUGGAGAAAGUACAGGAAUAGACACUGCACGUCGAAAUGACGUUUCACAUGCUUAAAUAAAACAGACAUAUUGUACUGGCUACAAGUCAUUUAUAAUCAGUUAAUGAUAUGGUCGCAUGUGCUUUCGACUAAUUCUACAAAUGUGCAUAUACAGAAUGAGGAAACUACAGGAAUAGACACUGCACGUCGAAAUGACGUUUCACAUGAUUAAGAAACUCAGACAUACGUUACUGGCUACAAGUUAUGUAUAAUCAAUAAAUGAUAUGGUCUCGUGUGAUUUUGACUAAUUCUACAAAUAAUCAUCGAGAUCACAUUUGAAACAGGUCGUUAAAAGUGAAUUGUUUUCUAUAUUUUAUGAAUAACUUUAUGUCAAUUAUGUUUGCACAAUAAUGGCAGGUAAAGGAGUUAUAUAUGACAUCUUAAGUCUUCAUCCCAUGUCUAAAUAAUCUUUGUUAGCUUGUAAGAAUCAAACCCUUUUUAAAAUAUAUUUUGUGCAACAAACCAUUUAAAUAAUAUUUAAAGGUAAAACAAAACAAAACAAAACAAACAAAACAAAAAAACAAAACAGUAAACUACUUUUACAAGACCAGUAACAUUUCUACUAAGCCUAUCAAGAUAGAAAUAUUAAUAAUUAUCUAAAUAUGGUUAUAAUUGUGAUAUUCUAAUUCAUAAUAUAAAUACAAAAUUAAAAUGAUUCAGUCGCUAGCAAAUGCCAUAGUUCAAUCAUUUUCCUUUGUUUGGACUUGCAAUUAAUAUAUAUUUUUCUCCAUCUUAUAUUAAGAGUAUUUUGUUUAUUAAAGUGUUUAAUAACCCUUUAAUGAGUUCUGUUGAUACUCUUGACAUUGUUAAAAGAUUUUGAACAUUAAGACUGCCAGCAUGUUAUUGUUUAUGUAAUAAAACAAAAAUUGUUGUUUAUAUGAUUUUUUUUGUGCAUUUCAGUU